ACUUUCAGUUUCUCUUGAUGGCUACCAAACGAUUCACCCAAAGUGCUAUCAAUUUCAAAACGGUUGGUGAUUUGGUCGGCGAGAAGCAUGCCAAAGAAGUUACCGCUUUAGCACAACAUCAUCACCAAUACCUUAGUACUGUGUUGUCUAAACCUGCGGAACUGCCAAAAUAUGACUUUGCAAAAUUGAAGAAGCAAAUGCCUGAGCAUGCAAUUGUCUUGGAUAAGCUGCAAAAGCAGUAUGAAGCAAUCAAAAUACCAUUUCAUACAGUGCCAGAGCAAUUCAUGAAAGAAAUUGGCGAUUAUUUGAAAUACAUCAACACCAGAAUGGAUUUUCUGAACCGUAAGUUGGCAGAUGCUACGGAGGAUGAAAAAAAAGUAAAAGCGAAAUAUGAAAACAUGCCACCGAUUGAACACUUCCGACCAGAGCACUAUGCGAAAUUCUUCCCCGAGGUGCAUCGCGAUGUGCGCUUGCCAAUUGAGCGUUUUACAAUGGGUUGGGGUAGUACAAGUACCCCGGAGCAUUUCCAGGAGUUGAAAGAACUCUUCAAAGAUUAUCGUUCACGUCCAGUUCCCGAGCAUUUACAGAAAUGAUUGUAUAUGUAUUUAGGUAGCUCCGCAGAAGGAUUUUUUUCCUGUAGAUUAUUUUUUUGUGUGGAAUAAUUUAAUUCACAAAUGAUAAAAUC